AUGCCAAAGACAAACAGCCCAGGAGCGAGCUCGCCCGUUAUGCAAACCCCCAGCAAACGCACUAGCUCGCCCACCGGCGACCCCUCCGCACAACUUAUCAGCGAACUCAGGGCCAGCGUCGAAAAACCAAAGAGCGAGCCCAAAGACCGCAUCAUCCGAACACCCAAGAGCCGCGGCACCAACGUGCACAGCGGCCUCGCGGGAAUUUCGGUCACCAAUGCCAUGAUGCGAGAAGAAUCACCACCAACAGAUGCCGCGAUGGGCAGUAGGCACCACCCCUGGCUGCAUUUGACUUCUUACGAGCUCUUGACUCUCCGAAAGCGCAUGAAGAAGAACGCGAUCUGGAAACCCAGCGAGACUAUGGUCGCGGCUGAACUCAUCGAUCUCGGGCGCGGAUUUGAUAACUAUCUCGCCGCGAAAAAGCAAGCCGAAGCAGAGGGAACAGAGUUCGUUGAUGAGGCCAACAUUGCGUCAACAAAGCCUGAACUGUUUAUUAAUCCCACCACGCCCGGUGGAAGGCCAAUCAAUAGGGGCAUGGUGCUUAAUGCGGCGAAGAAGCGGAAGAGGGAGGGGUUGUCUGAGCUGGUCGACGAUCAGAAAGAAAGUCUAAGCAAGAAGGUCUUGCAAUCUUUCUAA